AUGACACAGUUAACUUAUAAAAGAUAUGGUUUUAAAAAUGGGGGUUCUCCAUUAAAGAUAAUCACUGAUAAAUUCGAUUUUCCCACUGAUACUCAAGGUAACUUUAUCAUCCCCAAGAAUAAAAUAUUGAUCAAAAUCUAUUAUGCAUCAUUAAACCCAGUUGAUUAUAAAUUGAAAAAAAUCACUUAUUUCCCACCUUUCUCAAUGCAUGGUAUUGGUAAAGACUAUAGCGGUGAAAUUGUUGGUCUUGGCUCCAACGUCAAAAACUUCAAAGUUGGUGAAUUUGUUCAAGGGUUUCAUCCAGGUGUAAUCACUGAUGAUGGGACAUUUAGUCAAUAUUUGUUAAUAGACACCAAAGGGUUAUUCAAAACCGAGAUUGCCACCGUGCCACAAAAUAUCAGUUUGGAACAAGCUGCUGCUUGGCCAUUAGUUUUGGGUACUGCCAUCAAAGUUAUUGGUGACUUGCCUAUUAAGGGGAAAAAAAUUUUGGUGUUUGGUGGGGCCACCUCAGUGGGAAGAUACUUGGUACAAUUGUUACAAACAGAACAAGCUGGAGAAAUAGUUGUUAGUUGCUCGCCUAGAUCUCAAGAACUUGUCACUGAAUUGGGGGCAACAAAGAUUAUCAAUUAUAGAGAAAACGUCUUGAACCAGGUUUUGGAAAAUGUCAAGGAUAAGCCUUUCGAUUAUAUAUUUGAUACUUGGGGAGGUAAUGAAUUGUUCCCACAUUUGAAACAAAUUUUGGUCAAGAACGGUACUUAUCAUACCAUCGUUGGUGAUGAUCCUCACUCAUUUUUUAAAGGCACAAGUAGAUCAUUCUUUAGAACAUUUUUGAGUUGGCUUCAUAUGUUAGAUUAUUCGUAUCAAUAUGUUUUAUUGGGGGCAGGUGGCAAUGGAUGGAUUAACAAAGCAAGGAAAUAUGUUGCAAAUGAAGAUGUUCAAAUUUUUAUUGAUAAGAUUUACAAAUUCGAAGAUUUAAACGACGCAAUUGAAUAUAAUAAGACCGGUACAGCUCAAGGUAAGUUAAUCAUUAAUGUUAAAGACUACAAAUAA